UACCCACGUGAUCUGAAAAGUGAAAGUGAACGUGACUCGUUCUGCAGUUAUUCGCAGACAUGGAGACUGCUGUAACGAGGUGCUUUUAUCUGUUCCUGUCGGUGGUCAUCUGUAACGGUAAAUUUAAAGCAUUAUUCUGCUUGUUAGUGCACUGUGAAUUCACUUUGAGUUAUAUACUGCGGUUAAGCCAGCCGCGCUUCCUGAAACCACGGUUAAUCUAGCCGCUCGUGCGAUUUUAGGGCGCGGCUUUUAGACACUUAGCGGUAAUAACACCGACAGCGGAGAGCGAGCGUUAAUAUACUUUGGAUCUACACUAGUCAACAUUUGAAGUGGAUCAAAUCCUUUCAAAGUUGUCCUAAAACCAAAAUGUGUUUCUUUCACAAUUCAUGCAUAACAUGUAAGUCUGUUAUUAGUCAAUGUUGUCAUUAAUGAAAUGUCAUCCUUCAUGGCUUUUGAUAGUCUCCAGACAUGAUUGUUUGUCGUUAGGUACCAAUUGACCUGUCAUAGGUGUCCAUAAUUGGGAAGUGGUCAUCAUUUAAGGCUCUGAAAGCUUCACUUGAGGUCAGAAAGCAUUGAAAAUGCCACGUUUAGUGAUAUUGCAGGAUUCUGACCUCAACAGGGCCAUUGUGAUGCUGCAAGGAGGCAUGACUCAGCGUGAAGUUGCAGACGCAGUAGGAACGUCUCAAAGUGUCAUUUCCAGAGCCUGGAACAGGUUCAGAAGGUCUGGUAGUGUGAGUAGAAGGCAUGCUGGAGGCAGACAACGGGUCACAACACCAAAUCAAGACCGAUGCUUGACCCUGCAUGCCCGCAGAAAUCGUUUCAUGCCUGCAGUCAGCCUGCGAAAUGACCUUCAGGAGGCAACAGGGGUGCGAGUGUCCACUCAGACUGUGAGGAGACGACUUCAUGAAGUUGAGAGCCAGAAGACCAGCUGUGAGGGUGCCUCUUUCCAGAGCACACAAACUGGCACGUCUGCAGUGGGCCACAGAACACCGCAGGUGGACACUGAAUGAGUGGGGUACAGUGCUCUUCACAGAUGAGUCCCGGUUCUGUGUGAACUUCCUAGACAGGCGUAGGUGGGUCUGGCGUUGCCCUGGGGAGAGAAAUUUGCCACAAAAUGUUCUACAACAUGACAGUUUUGGUGGAUCAUCGGUCAUGGUUCUGGGAGGCAUCUCCAUGGGUGGAAGGACAGAGCUUGUCAUCGUCAAAGAUGGCAGCCUGACAGGCCAAAGGUGUAGGGAUGAGAUCCUGAGACCAGUUGUGCGAUCGUAUGCUGUUGCAAUGUGUCCAGAUUUCGUGCUUAUGGAUGACAACGCCCGCCCACAUCGAGCAAGGCUGGUGACGAAAUUCUUGGAGGAGGAGGGCAUCUCAAGGAUGGAAUGGCCAGCCCGGUCACCCGACUUGAACCCCAUUGAACACAUUUGGGAGCAGCUACAGUCAAGAGUGCAAGCACGCCAGGUCCCUCCAGGAACCCGUGUGGAGUUGCGAACAGCGUUGCUGGAGGAAUGGCAAGCCAUCCCUCAACAGAACAUCCAAAAACUCAUCUCAAGCAUGCACAGGCGAUGCGAGGCUGUGAUCAAUGUCAGAGGUGGUAACACUGACUACUGACUGGUUGUCUCAAUGCAUAACAUUUGUUGUUUCUUGUUUAUGACUUGUUUGUCGCAUUUGUUAAACCAUGCAAUUCAUGUUUGUUUUACAGUAUGAACUCAGAUUUUUUGAUCUGCUGUAACAUGUGCAAUGACAUCUUGUUUUGUUGAACUGGAAAAAGCUUUCUUUCCUGUUUUGGGUCCUGCUUCAAGCUCUGAUGCUCUGAUGCUCCACACAGAGUGACUACAGUACAGUACAGUAUUGCACUACAGGCAAUAAUGUUUAAGAGGCAUUUCCAGUCCAUUGUGACUUCAGGUGAAUCACAGAAGUACUGAACAACCAACAGUUUUUUGGUGCACUCUUGUCUUCACAAAUGUGUGACAAGACACUUCACACCUUGUGACAAACAAUCAUGUCUGGGCACCAUCAAAAGUGAUUAGGCAUGAAAUUCCAUUGAUGACAACAUUGAUUAAUAGCAGACUUACAUGUUAUACAUGAAUUUUGAACAGUACCUGUUCUUGUCUUAGAACAACUUUGAUGAUCCACUUAAAAUGUUGACUACUGUAUAUAAUAUAUAAUGUGUAAUAUCUGGAUCUGUUAAUAUAGUUGGGCCAAGAUGCUAUUUUGAUUCAUUAUAAAAUGGACAUUUCAAAUUGGUAGUGAUGAUCAAACGCACUAAAAUUCGUUUCACAGUGACCUACUCUAUGCUCACAAUAAUAAUGAAAUAAUUUUACUGUAGAAUUUUAAAGUAUUUGCUUCUCAAAGUCAGUGGAUCUUGACUUAUAAUUGUGCCAGGAGGCUAUUUUGAAGCAUUAGAAAAUGCACAUUUCAAAUUGGUAAAUGACCAAACCCACUCAGAUCAGUUCACAGUGAACUCCUCUAUGCUCAGAAUAAAGAUGAAUUAAUUCUACCGUAGAAUUUUUAAGUAACUCCUCUUCAAAGUCACAAGAUCCUUCAAUCUAACUGAACCAGGAGGCUAUUUUGAUUCAUUAUAAAAUGGACAUUUCACAUUGAUAGAUAAUGACACUCACUGAUAUCAGUUCAGACUGAGCUCCUCUAUGCUCAUAAUAAAGAUCAGUUAAUUCUACUGUAGAAUUUUUAAGUAAUUGCUCUUCAAACUCACAAGAUCUGUCAAUCUAACUGAACCAGGAGGAUGAUGAAUGUCUCGGAUAUCAGUUCACAAUGACCUACUCAUACCCUACUCACACAACACACACACAUGUAAGCACACAGAGAAAUAUGUAAAUGCUUAUUAUUUUAAAAAGUUUACAACAUUAACAGGAGUACUAACCAAAAGAAUAAUAUAAGAGCAAGUAGAAAAGUUUCUUUACUGCAAACACCAUUAAUUUAGUAUAUUAAAUAAAUAAUUAAACAAAUUUAAAAAAGAAACUAAAUAAAUAAAUAAAUUAUUGACCUUAUUUAAAUAAACCUUGGCUAUAAAGAAUACAAAGACCAAAGGGCUUAAAGAAAGAGAUCUCAUUUCCAAAUUUCUGUCAUUGCACUAAUAUGUGUCCUUUUAUCCAUUUGUAUGCAGUACCUGUGGUACCAUCACUUGCACAUGUCACAUUCAAUCAGUAAAAAAAAAAAUCACAAAAAGACACAACAUUAGGACCAUAAAGACAUUUAUGAUUACAAAAACAUCUGUUUAAAACUGACCCACUCAAUUUCUUCUUUUCCUGCUGAUGGCAAUCUGACCAAUCCACAACAUGUACAAACGUCCUUCAGUGGCUCUAAUACAAGAAAAAUAACAUUUUAAAGUUUAUAACUUUAUCAACACAAAAGCAAAAAGAGCAACAGUUUAAAAAUAGUAAGGAUUUAAGCAGCAUUCUUCAAGAGAAAACAUCCUACUGAUUUGUUUGUUAGGAUCUCUUUGGUAAGGGACAUUGCCUUAUCUAUGUACAAUAUAGUUUGAAAUAUGCUCUAUAAACAUAUUUCCUUUGGAAUAUUAAUUAUUUUUAUUAAUUAAUUAUUUGCAUGUCAUAAUGCCAAAUUACUAUACUUUGUACCUGAUGACUGAAAGAUGAAUGUAGCCAUUUCUGUGUGCAAUUCUUGAAUCCCUGCCUUGUUCCUCACAAUAUUGAUGUUAGCUGAGAUAGCAGGGAAUUACUCCACAAUCUCUGAAGCCAUCUGAUUGUCAAGAACAGAUAUGUAUGUAUUACUCAUUGCUGAAAAGCAAGUAGAUACUUACAAUCACUAGAAUUAAAAACCUAGUUUUCUAUUUUUUUAAUUGUAGUUUUUUCAACUUCAUUUUUUUCCCCAAUUUCAAAUCAGGUAUCUCUCUUGAAUAUAUUUACCUUCAUAACAAAAACACCACAACUGGAGGCAUCAUUUUGCAUGGAAUGUGGAAUUGUCCGUCCAUUCCAUUUGUUUUGUAUCCCGUCCUCCUUACUGUAUUUGUUCCUUCGCAUCUUGAAGUACUCCCUAAAAUAAAAAAGUGCUUGGAACACUAGUUCUUACAUUCUGCUCACAUAUUACAAAUUGACAACAAGCCAACAUAGCAACAAAACAGCCAAUGAGCAUAUAAGCUCAUUAAACUUAAACAUAUAAGAAUACUAAAAAAAUGGAAAAACUGAUUGUCUGAUAGAUCAUGAAGUACAAGCAUAUACAUAACAAAUUACCAAUUUCUGUACCUGAAUGUUUUUCCUGCUUUACCAGAGUCUUGAUCUUCACUGUGACCACUGGGAUCCAGAACAAUAGCUACAUCUAGUUCUGCAUGAAGAUACUGAUACAAAAAAACACUUAAAAUUCCUGUUAACAUUAAUGGUACUAACCACACAUUUUUAUAACAUAUGUACUGCUGUGAUAAUACCAUUAAUAACAUUAAUGGUAUUAAUAAAAAUUAAUUUAGUUGAUAUAAGAUUUUACCAAAAGUUUCCAGUGAGCGUCUGUGUUGAAAAAUCCGAUCAACCCUCCAUAUUCUUCAAAAUGAACCUAUUUGUGUAGAAAAUAGACACUGUACACAUUUGUAACAUUCAACUACAUAUAUUAUUGCAUUAAUUUCAAAAUAAUUACGUACUCUUCUUAAGCAAUGCCUAGCAACCUCUUCUCGUUUUCCAUUCAAAAUGAUGUUUGUGGUGUAGUGGUUCAAGUUGAACAGACCUUUUCCUUCUUCUUUUAUCUUCUUAUUGAUAAUAACCUGAAUAUAACAUUCAAUUGCCUGUAAAAUAAGGCAAUUUUUAUCACGCAAAAGAAGUAAAAAAUACUUUAAUUAAUCACUGCAGGUAUGAGAUUGGGUAUUGCUACCCAUAGUACUGCUGUCCAAUGUGUAGUAAUGUGUGAGAAAUUAGAGGCUAAAUGCAACCACAACCAAGCUCUCCAACAAGCCACUCAUAAGGCUUCAGUGUGAGGAACUCACUGUGCCUAAGUGUAUAUUCAGCCUGGCCAUCAGAAGAUUUUAUCAUAGCCACUAUCAUUUCGGUUGUGUUCUUCUCCCAAAGAUCCAGCACCUAAACAUACACAUAAAUCUAAUAAAUACUAAAGACCUACUUAAUAUAGGUAACACAGUGUAAUGGGAUAUGUAAGUGGCACAUACUGCUAAUUAAUUGUCAUUGUGUGUGGUUGGAGGGGGAUCUGGAUGUUUUAAUCUUUACUUAACAAUAUGCUUGUAUGCAUCAGUGACAGUCCUCAGCUCUGUUCUAGUACAGCAAUACUUGAGUAAUUCCAACUGUUCAGGCUGCUUGUUUAAAAUUACCUGUGUUGUGGUCACAGAAGAUGCCUUUGGAUAAUUUUCGGGCAAUGGUUCUUUCAGUGGGAAGUUUAGACAAGCUCUAAAGGUUAAACAAACACAACAAGUAACAGUCAAUUUAGAAAAAUUUUUAGAAACUGUUGUAUAUACUAGAAACUAGAAUGUCAUAACAUUAUGAAAGAUUAAUUAUUCUAUAAUAAAUCAACUAAAUCUAUAAGUCUGAUGAAUAAAUUAAACAUAGUUUCUAUAAAAUGUUCUCCUUUGUUUUUGAUCUUUAUGAAUACCUCUUAGAAUACUUCUUCUGGUGAUUGUUUUGACUAUUUGUAAUAAAUGACAGUCACAAAAGAAACAGGUUUAAAAGACCUGAGAAGAGGUAACAGAAGACAGCAUCGUAUCUUCUGCCACAGCAGGGGAAGCAUGUUCGUAGAUGUUCUGAAGAAAUGCAGAAGAACCUGUGAAGAAGAAACUGAGGAAGGCUUUCUAUCUUCUGUAGAAACCUCUUCAGGAGUGUUCUAAAGGAUAAAGUUUUUUUUAUUAUAUUAUUAAAAAUGAUUAUAAUUAUUAGCAUUUUUUUUCUUUGAACCCAUCAAUACAUUGUAAUUCUCCAAAAUGUGGACAUAUUAUUUUUGAUUAUUUUUGUAAACAAAUUCUAGCCAUAAAUUCAAUUAACAAAUAAAAUACCUUAACAGGAGCAUUUGUGUCCAUUUUUCCCAGUGCUGUUUCCUGAGGUGAUGAUGGGACUGAAGAGAGCUUAAUAAUCAUCUGAAGAGAGAGAUAAUCUUGGAUUCUUUUACAUACAUCAUUUUCUAUUCAGAGAUCGCUCACCUUAUUAUGUCUCCCUUUGAAGGGAAAGGCCUUAGAAAGACGACUUUGCCUUCUCUGCCUCCAUCUGUCCGUGUCCAAUAUAUGGAUCUGGAAGGUUACCACAAAGUCAUCGAGUCGAUGUUUUUAUUCACUUUAGGGUUCCAUCUCCACGGUCCCUCUGAUCCUCUCAUUGCCCAGCUGGGAGGCUCAGUGAUGCUGCCCUGCUUUGUAGAACGUCCUCUACCAAUAGAAGAACUGGAAGUGGAGUGGAAAAGAAAUGACUCUGAAACUCUAGUGCACUUGUGGCUGGAGGGAGAGAGUCGACCAGAGUCUCAGAACCAGCGUUAUCGUGAAAGAGCUCAUUUCUUCACUGAGGAGAUCGCCCAUGGAAACUUCUCUCUCUUCCUUACAAAUGUGACCCGUGAAGAUGUAGGAGUUUAUAAGUGUGCUGUUUACACAAACCUGGACUCUGAUGAAACUCUGAUUGAGAUAAAGGAGAUUGAGCGCUUGAUCGUGUCUGGAGGCCACGUCAUAUCUGCUUAUGCUGGUGAAGAUGUCACUCUGAAUUGCUCUGUAGACUCAAAUAUCCCACCGGAAAAUAUAGAAGAGGUGUCAUGGAAGAAAAUGGAUGAAGAUAUCUUAGUGCUGCUUUAUCAGGAGAAUGAGGUCCUGACAGACUCAUCCCAUGAGAGAUACAGAGACAGAGUCGAGUUCUUCAGUGCUGAAGAAAGGAACAAAGGAAACUUCUCAUUGAGACUGAAGAGUGUUCAAACUGAGGACAAAGGGCUGUAUAUAUGUUUAGCAUUCUCUGGGGCAUUAUCAGAUAAUACAACUGUGGAAGUGCAGCAGCUGGGUUUUUCCUCAAUGCAUAUUGGAAUUUUUGUUCUAUGUAUACUUGGAUUUGUAAUUGGAUCACUUAUCCUAGGCUACCUAUCUUUUACAUCUUUUAAAAAUGAAGAUGACAGCAGAAGAGCCCUAGCUAUACACUGUGCGCAUGUCCUUUCUCCUAAUAUUACUAUGUUUAUUGUCUUCAUCCUUUGGGGUGUUACUGAGGGGAUUUUUACUGAAGCAGCAACUUGUUCAGCACUUAAUUUUGUUAGGAUCUUUUUCCUACUUUGGAUCACUCUGCAUUUGACAACAUUUCAAGAUUAUCUCCACCAGUUAAUUAACCGCUUGGCAAUUCUACUACAAUUUGCUGUGAUAACUCUUGUUGCUUAUUUACCUGUUGUUGUGGAUGUCUGGUAUAAAACAAACACUGUAGGGAAAGCGUUGAUUGCAGGAGGUCUGCUACUGGGGUUAAUUCUGACUCUUCUGUAUGUUAUCGCUGUAGUAUGCUGUAGAAGAAAUCUACAAACCUACAGAAUUACAGAAUUACAGAUUACAGAAAUCGACAAUUUUCUCCGAAUAUUUGCUAUUGUAAUGAUAUAUGGACUUCAUCCCAAAAAUAUCACUGUGGCAGUAUUUCCACUUUUGGCAUUGAUUUGGUUUUUUUGUCAUGCUGUCCGCGAACGUCUGUUUUUACUCUGGAUAUCAGUGAUGAUGAUCCUGGAGGUUGUAAGUGCAUCAGGGUCGAUCUAUUUCCAUUAUGACUUUGCGAAUAAUGUGAAAGAACGUGACACAUUGACCUGUGUGAAUGCAUUCCUCCACAUCUUGACCGUGAUGAUACUGUUUACAAGUCUAACGCAUUUAUCAGCUAUUCCUUUACCUAUAAACUCUGUGAAGAAGAGUGAAGAAGAUCUGAGACAGGGAGAGGAGGAGGUGACUGAGAUAGUUGAAGAAGAAGUUACAGAAUCUGACUCCAGAAACACUGGGACACAGCGAUCUUUAUCCCAUUUGGUUGUGUUCGUGUUUGGUACAGUGGUGGUUGUUUUUGUGAAUGCUGUUGCGUUAUUAGUAGAGCUCAUCCUAAAAUCAAGAAAUGGCCAGCGUACAGUGGAUCUGCGAGUUAUUCUCCUACCAACUGAAUGUGUCUUUGCUGUAUGCUGCCUUGCUUUACAACUAUCUGCUUUCUGGCAGGAGAACAGAGAAAGAUUUAGAGAAGACAAACGGGCUGCGACGAACUCACCUUUAGCUACUGCAUCUCAGCCCUCAGGGUCUUAGCAGAAGUGUGACUACAUCUGUAAAAGCAGAACUUUUGGCAGUUUGGUGUUCUGGAGCACUCAGGUGUGUGUCUACAUCAUGCCAAGAAGAGAGGACAUCAGCCAUGACCUGAAUAGACUGGAUACACUGGUAUGAUCACCUCAAGGAUUGUUUUAAAGAUACUUGUAACGUGUUAUAUUCAUGUCUUUUUUUUUAUACAAUCCUUUGAGUGAUAUUUAAAUGUGAAUUUCUUGUUUCAUGUCUGCUCCUCCUGUAGUUUUUAUUAUCUAAUUACCAAGAUAUUAUGACUGGGUUUAUUAAUUCAUUACCUAUUCCGAGACAUAUUAUAGGAUAAAGAUUAGGAUUUAAAAUCUAUCUGGCAUUAAAGACAUUUAUUUUAUUGUCAUCUGCAAAAUUCACCUGAAUUUGAAGCGCAAUAGUCUCUUAUUAGAAAGCCAUAUCUAAAUAUCCAGGGAUAACAACACUAUUCAUUUAUUGCAUCUUUGAGAGCUCAGUGUUUAUAUUUAAAUCAGAUUACAUAUUAUGUACGUAUUGCACUUAAAAAGUGAUGCUUUAAAGGUACUAUAAGUAAAAAAAAAUUUAUAUCUUUAAUUGUGUAAUUCUGUACAGGAACACAGGAAAAUUUACUGUAUAGAAAAGAUUUUGUAUACCUUUAAAACUAGACAUGUGUGUGUCAUAAAAGUAUUUCUUAAAAAAAAUGCUGCAUUAAUAUCAGGACAGCUAUCUGUAUUUAAUUUUUUGUUGUUGUUGUUUUGCAUUUCAGAAGUUAAGACAGAGUGCAAACCAAACACUGCAUUUUAAUAGCAAUGUGUAUAUUUAUUUUUCACAUCAGAGCAUUGUUCUUGACCCAAACAUUCUCUCCAAUUACAGGCCUAUUUCGAAUUUAUCUUUUAUUUCUAAAAUCUUAGAGAAAUUUGUGUUGGAACAACUGCAGAGUUUUUUGGAGCUAAAUAGUGUCUGAAGAAUUCCAAUCUGGAUUUAAGAAAUAUCACAGUACUAAGUCAGCUUUAUUAAACGUUUUUAAUGAUAUUUUGGUGUCUGCUGACUCAGGGGAUUCUGUGGUACUAAUACUUUAGUGCUGCCUUUGAUACUGUGGACCACAGAAGUCUUAUCUCACGACUCGAACAAUGUGUGGGUAUUGAAGGUUGUUGUUUUCUUCAUCUGUUUCUGUUUUGGAAUAUGGAGUCCCUCAGGGCUCAAUUUUGGCCCCUGUUUUGUUUUGUUGUAUAUGCUGCCUUUAGGUACUAUUCUUUCUAAACAUGGGGUAUCCUUUCAUUUUUAUGCUGAUGACACACAAAUUUAUUUGCCCUUAAAGAAAAAUGACAAAAAAGGCUUAAGCUCAUUAUCAGCAUGUUUGUCUGAUAUUAAGUCUUGGUUUUCUUUAAAUUUUUUGCAUCUUAACGAAAACAAAACUGAGGUUAUUGUGUUUGAGUCCACAGGUGUGUCAGGUGUUUUUGAUGGCGACCUGGGAGAUUUGAUCCCUUAUGUAAAACAAUCUGUGAAAAAUUUGGGUGUUAUUUUUGAUUCUGCCCUUAAAUUGGACAAACAGAUAAAUGCUGUAGUUAAAUCUAGCUUUUUCCAGUUAAAAUUACUGUCUAAGGCUAAGAGUUUUUUAACAUUUGCAGUGUUUGAGAGUGUGAUUCAGGCAUUCAUUUCAUCUAGACUUGACUAUUGUAAUUCUCUUUAUAUUGGAAUGAGUCAAUCCAAUAUUAUUCGUCUUCAGAUGGUACAAAAUGCAGCCGCCAGGCUUUUGACUGGCACUCGGAAAUUCGAUCAUAUUUCCCCAAUACAACAUUAUCUGCACUGGCUGCCGAUUCGUUAUAGAAUUGAAUUCAAAAUUUAGCUUUUUGUUUUUAAAGCUCUGAACAGAUUAGCUCCAAAAUACCUUUCUGACCUUUUGAAUUUAAAUAACUCUGCUAGAUCAUUAAGGUCAUCCCAACAAAGAUUGUUGAUGGUCCCGAGGUCUAGACUUAGGUCGAGGGGCGACCGAGCUUUUUCUAUCAUUGGUCCAAAAUUGUGGAAUAGUCUCCCUUUAUCCCCAAGACUAAUCUCUGCAGAGUCUGAAUUUAAAUCUAAGUUAAAAACUGACCUUUUCUCUCAGGCCUACAACUGUCUUUGAUUUGCUAAUUUUUUUUUUUUUUUUUUUAUUUUUCUGAUUGGUAUUUUUGAUGUAAAUUCCCUUUAUCAUUGCUUUAUGGUCUUUUUACUCUCUUUUAUUCUCUUUUUUAGAUAUUUAUCUUUUGUCUUUUAUGUACAGAACAAUGGUCAACUAUUGUGUUUAUUUGUGCUAUAUAAAUAAGAUUUGAUUUGAUUGUUCUGCUUUGCAGUGUGAUUUAUUGCUCACAACAAAAACACUUUCUACACAGAUUUUUCUGCUGUCUUUAAAAAAAAAAAAAACCCAGCUAUAACGGAUAUCUAACUUUAUAUCUUCCUGUAGCCAGGCAUGCAGGAAGUAAUUAAUUCCAGACAGGAAGUUAUGCCUGUUGGGAAAAUGUUUAGGUUUAGGCUAUACUUUCUUGAAAUCCCACUGGAAAGGAAAAAUAAUGUUAUUAACCAGUUAAACACUUUUUUUAAUAAAUAAAAUCAAUUUUGAGUGAUUUUAUUCACAUCAAAAUUCAUUUU